AUGGAAACCACCCAGCGUUUUUUACAUUCUACUCCCAAACUUUACGUGGUCGAUAGUCAGUCAAGAUUACACCAAAAAUUGCAUGUUGAGUUAAUCACUCAGCCUGGGUUGCUUGAUAAAAACCCUGAAUUAUUAACAAUUUGUCUUGACCAAUAUAAAGCUCAUUAUUCGUUAUAA